AUGCGUUCAGAGUCGGCAGGAAUCAGACAAUGUCUCGAUUUCGAAGUAGCUCUAGAAGUACAAAUUAGACAAGUCCUAACCCUUUUGGAAGAAAUUAUACUUUCAGGCCUAGUAAUUCUAAUCUUAGAUAAAUACAGUCUAGAACCCUGGAACAGAUACAAUCGUAAGAAAAGCAUUUAUAAAAACUUUUAUUAGGAGAAGAUUAAGAAGAGAAAGAGAGAAUCAAUUGGCAAGAGAUCAAAGGUAUCCUCUGUCAAUAACUCAUGA